UGCUGAAGAAAUAAUGUAAAACAUAGACAUAUUUGUUGUAAAUUUUUUUAUCUGAACAUAAUUUUUCAUAAUUUCAAUUCUAAGAGUAAUUUUUUUAUAAUUUCAAGUUUACAACUACUCAAAUAAACUUCGGGAUUGACUAAUGGAGUGUUAGUUGGAUUGGUCCAGUCUUUUGAUGUACUCCCAAGUGGUCCUCGAUUCAAGUCUCAUAGUACACAACCCCUCUUCCCUUCCUAACUUUUGCAUCCAAAAAAAAAAAAACAUAACACACUUCUGGAUUGGGCUUGAUAUUAUAUCACAGGGCCACACCAUAAACAUUGCCUGUGGCCUAGCUCUCAAAAACUGGACAAAAUUUUCCUUAACCUCACACUCUUUCCCUUACUUCCUCCUGAGCCUCUUAACCAAUCUGAAACAGAAACUAAAAUCCUCAAAAUGGCACUAAGAAUGAAUCUCCUUUCCCCAAAAAUCCCCAAACAACCUCCAAAAUUCCACACUAAUUCCUACCCCUCCAUAACCCGUUUCAACACCAGACCCAAAACCCAAAUAAUAAUCCACUGCAACAACAAAAACAUCAGUGAUGCAGAGCUUGCAUCAGAUUUGUCAAAGAUGAACACCCUUUUCAUGCAGAGAGAAGAGGCCAUGAAGAAGAGCAGAGAGCUUCUCUUCACAGAGCUGUGCCAGUACCUCAAUUCAAAAUCAGAGGAGGUGAAGAAGAAAUGGAGGAAAAUGGAGGAGGAGGACAAGUGGGUUUUGAUAAAAGGGUUUGUUUCAGAGUGGGGGGUCAAUUUUCACCCAUUGUCUGCAAAGUCUGUUAAGGAAUUGGUUGAAGAACAUCUCCAUGAAGAAAACCCACCUGCAAAAUCUUCUGCUUCAGCAUUUUUUCCUGGUUUGAAGAGAAUGAUGGGGUUCUCAGAAGACAAUUAGAUCACCUUUUGGUUUGCAAUUUGGGUGUCAAAUAUUAGCGGUUUUGUUGGGAUGUGAAAUUUGUUGAAAUAACAAAUUCAGAUACCCUAGAGUUUAAUAAUUUUUUUUGUUAUGAUGGUCAGGUUUCCAAACAUCUCAUUUGGGAUAACAGAUGAAAAUUUUACUUGAA